AUGAACGAAAUGCUCCACGAAAGACUUGUUGCUUCCGUAACCUUGGCAUUUACUCAAGGAGUGUAUGCUUACAGUACUUACUUCUUGCGUAAAUUGCUAGUCUUAGCUUUGUCCAAACCUCUAAAGCAGUCACCUUCACGGCGUCGGGCUCGAAAGAGCAUAGGAGAUGAAGAUGUCCCAAUCUCUACGCGUGAUAUCAAUCCGGUUAUUAGCGUAGGGGUUCCACGCCCAUCAUUGCGAACUUCGCAUCGGACCAACUCGGAGAAGAAGGAGAAGAAAGUGGAAAGACUGUUCGCAAGCUCCAAUGCCCGUGCAGACGAACGAGAACCGCUACAAGAGGAAGAAGACGAGUUUGUGAGUAAACCAAUGCCUGGCCAACUGUAA